CCGACGAUGAGUAACAACAGCCCACUGCACACCUCAGAGGAGGCUCUUCUUCAGUCAGCACUCAACUCGGCGUUCGAGCCAACUUCUAUACCUCGCUCUCCUGCUGCUUCUUCACCUGCAUCUCUCGGAGCACCCGGCCUACCUGCUGAAGCUCCGCCGCCAGAUCCAACUCCUCCCUCAGAUAUAUCUGCUUCAGAGCUAGACGCAUGGAAGGAGUCUUAUGAGCACCAGCUCGCGGAAUGGAAGAAGGAGAAUGCUGCUGCCCGGGAGAAGGCGGAGAAUAACCGGCGGCGUUAUGAGGAGCAACGCGCCAAGGAGCGUGCUGAGCGUCGUGCGCGGGGGGAGGCCGAGCUCGAGUCCUGGGAGCACCUCGGCACCCAUAUCACAUCCAGCAUCGUUGAUGCCUCGCACCGCCCCACGCUAUCCGUCUCCGAAGCAUACACGCCCAACGCGGCGCGCCAUCUGGCCAGCGUUUCGCACAACUUAGGUGCUGUGGCCGGUUCCAGCAAGGCGUCAGACUCCGCAACUGCGUCCGUACCAUCAGUCAACGUGAUAGAUGCGUCUGGCUCGUCCGCAAGCGUCCCCGAAGCGUCUCCCUCCGACGCGCGCGACCUCGUGUUCGGCGAACCACAACACUCGUUGCCACCACAUGGUGGCCAUGUCAAGGUCCCUAGCUCGCCCUCACAGAAGUGGGAUACCCUAUCCGACCCCAUGACCUCGUCCUACCCGUCCCUCUCGUAUCCUCAAUCAACCGCGCCAGGCUCCCCACAACAGCGGCCACAGGCCCCUUCAAUAGCCGAAGGCGAGCGGGGUGAGCCCAAGGAGCCUCCCUCGACAAUACCUUCCAUCCUCGAUACCGCUGUCUCGAAGAAGACGCGCGGGUACAUCAUCAUGUCCUCCAUCGCCAUCAACCUCUUCCUUCCCUUCCUAAACGGCGUCAUGCUCGGCUUUGGCGAGAUUUUCGCGAAGAACGUGCUGGUAAACUGGAUAGGCUGGAAGAAAGCGAAGGGCAGUGCAUCGGUGGCUGGUGGCGUGGGUAUGCGCAAGUGACGAUAUUAUAUCUUUAUGCUCGCAGCGGUGCUUAUUGUUGCAUGUACUUAUGAAUGACAUAGAGUCCUCUGCUUAAGCAGAAUGUUUUCAAGAUUUUCC